AUGGACGGAGGCGUCGAGCUGCGCCCGUUAACCGAGCUGUCCGAUGUGUUUGCGGAUGGAAUAGAGCGCGGAUGUAUUCAUAUCGUCGUAAAACAUCCUGCCGUUGCACGACACAUUCCGGCUGUUGAUAGGCGAAUCGCUUAUCUCAAGAAGGGCGCGGGUACUCCGUCGGCCGGUGCAAAACCAUCCGCAUUCUCUACGAAGCAGGACCAACAAGAGUACCUUUGCAAUCGUCCUCGCAGAGCCGCGGACCCUGUUCCCAUUACUCUUCUCGAGCCUAUCUUCGCUGAGUUCGUGGAUGAUUGUCAAAAAUAUGAACCAACUGUCCAUGAUAACGACUUUGUUUUGCAACUUUCGGAAAAGAUGGCCACCUUCUAUCCCAAUGAGCUCACGCGGAUGAAUACAUUCCGGCAAGUGCUCCGGGACUACGGUAUUAUACUCAACGCUUCUAUGGUUGGCUCGACCGGAUGUACGAUGGACGGACAUCUUUUGUCUACCAACGGACAGUUUGUGCUGAUGAUAAUUGAGGGGAAGAACGAGAUCGGAAGUGGCGCUGCCGAACCAUUUAUGGAGGCGAUGCUGUACUACCGCAAGUUUAUGGAGGACUCGAAGAUUGAGAUGGCGAGGCUCCGGUCUUUCAUUCCAUGCAUCCAUAUCAUUGUCUUCGGGGCAUGCAUCGGCUUUUCAGGCUCUGUUUUCACUGAAAAAGUCCAGUCCGAUGUCCUGGUCCCUAUCAUUCCUUUGUUUUGGCAUUCAACAGACCUCCACAUGCAAGUGAUGGCAGCUCGUACUUUCGGGGCUCUCAAAAUUGCCGUCGAGAAACUUACAAAACUAUACUCCCGUCCAAUCCCAUCCCUCGAACCCGAGGAUCCGUAUCUUAAAUGUCCUUACCCUCGGAGUUAUACAAAUUCCACCGGUUUCAUUCAGGAAUUCCGGUAUGAUGAGACUCAAAUCCUCAGGGAUCGACUUAUUUUCUUUGGGGAAACCGUCGGCGAUGCAGCUGGGAGCAAGAUAUGCAUCAAGUUUGUCAGGAACUAUUCCCCUCAGGCUCACGAAUUCUGUGCCAGCAAGGGGAACGCCCCCAAACUUAUCGCCUACAAUUCUUUACCCGGCGGCUGGAAUCUGGUGAUUAUGGAUGCCCUUGAUAUUGAUAAUGAUUGCCUUCCGCAACGACCUGGCUCAUAUCGACUGCUCAGUGAGAUAGGUGUUUUGGACCAUCAGCCGCUGAAGGAGACCAUCACCACUCUCAUCCGGGAGUUACACAAUCACAAUGACGGCUACGUUCAUGGCGACCUCCGAGAUACCAAUUUCGUUGUGCGGGACGACAAACACUUCAUGCUGCUUGAUUUCGAUUGGGCCGGACCGAUCCAGAAGACACAUUAUCCGAUGUAUGUCAAUCGGAAGGAUAUUCGACAGCCUGACGGUGUGUGGGAUGGGCAGAAGAUUGUGGCGGAGCAUGAUUUGGAUAUGCUGAAUUAUCUAUUUCAUCCUGAGCAAGAUGUUCGGGAGCCAGCUGCAAAGCGCCGCCGUAUAUUAAGUGAAGGGUCGCUGAUGGUCAUUUGA